CCCCUCAAUCAUUCCACAAUCUCCCAGUCCUCUCCUGCCAUAUCAUAACUUGAUCGAACACCGCCACCUGCCCCCAAACCACUAUCCAAACUCUCAAUUCCCUUGGUUUUCGAGAUGUCCUGGACACAAGUCUCCCCGAACCGAUACGAGCGUCCCUUCGACUCCAUUGAGUCAUUCUACCGCAUUGUUGCUGCCGCCGGUGCUCCGCUCAACAAAGAACACUACCUAAUUACUUGCACUCUCCAGCUGCAACCGCCUCUACCUCCAACCAGUGCAAUUGAGCAAGCCUGGAAAGCUCUCCGCUCUGUCUACCCUCAAUUGGCCGCUGAGCCCGAGGCAGAUGGCAAUGGCAGCGAGCGCUUCGUCUAUGAAGCCAUCACCUCUACUACCCAACUCGACGCGUGGGCCCAAGAGACCUUCCACAUCGACCCCAAUCGAACUGCCAAUGACCUCUAUGAGCAGCUAACUCCCUCACCACGCGUCCAUCUCUACUAUCUCCCCAAUACCUCCGAGGUAGUCUUCCGCACCCCCCAUUGGCGCAUCGACGGCAUCGGCCUGCACCACAUGCAAUCCGCCUUCCUGCAACUCCUCGCAGACGGCACCAGUCAUCCCAUCGACGGGACCGAACCCUCACGUCUCUGUCCCGCCGUGGACCAAGCCAUCGCAGACUCAAAUCUCCCCAACACAACUUGCCCCCUAGACAAACCCGCCGCUACAGCAGCCUCAAACCGCGAACUCCAGCCCUGCCUCACCCAGACUGACAAUGGAAACCUCAUGCUUUUCACUCUUCCCAACGUCCUCCCCACCAACCCCAGACGCAUCCUCCGCCACAUCGACAGCGCAACCACCACCCGUCUCCUGGAAGCCUGUUCCGCCCACAAUAUCACUAUCACAGCCGCCACCCACGCCGCUCUCGCCCUAACGGGCCUGCAAUUUGCCCUCCACCCAGAAAACAAACCCGACUAUGUCGGCUUCAACCCCCUCGACCUGCGUCGCUACCUCCCCGAACCGUGGAAUGGCCCUGCAGCCGCCGUAUCGCUCUAUCAUACAGGUCUUCCGUUCCGCAUGCCACUCUAUCCAACGCAGGUGGAAAAGCAUGAAGAAUUCCUCCGCCUCGCGCGGGAAUUCACCUCCCUCUACCGGAGGAAUCUGGCCAAGGAGGCCCCGCAGAACAUCUUCGAUUUCCUGCCUACCUAUGUGGGACGAGUUAUGCAGGUCUUGGGCGCUGCGCCGCCUGAUCCGUUGCUUGCGCCGGCGCAUCCCGAGCUGAGUUCCAUGGGACGAGUGAACGAGUUGCUCAAGGCGGAGGUGGAGGGCAAGGAGAGGAAGGUCAAGGUGGAGGAGUGGUGGGUGGCUAUCGAGGUUAUUAAUCGGUUGUUGUUGACGCAGGUGUGGACGUUUAACGGGGAGUUGGUGCUAUCGGUGCAUUGGAAUGAAGCGUUUUAUGAGAGGAGUUUUGUUGAGGGGUUGUUUGAAAGGUGGAGGGAGAUGUUGGUCGAGGGAAUGUUGGAGUAGAUUUAUUUGGAGCUGUAAUUUAUUGAUAGGUUUGAGGGAGUUUGAAAUUUACUAGAAUAUGAG